GUCACGGGCGCGGAGCGCGGUUCGGCUGGACGACACGGGACAGGCGCCCGGGGAACCUCGCGCGCAUCCUACCGCCCGACACGCGGAGCCGGCGAGGAGCAUUGCACCAGCAUCGGGGGCGCUGCCGCUCCAGCGAGAGCCCACUCCCCGCUGGCGGCGUCACGGCCGCGGGCAGCCCACUUGGCCGACCGGGAAGAUGAGCACCUGCGGGAGGAAGGCCCUGACCCUACUGAGCAGCGUCUUCGCCGUCUGCGGCCUGGGCCUCCUGGGCAUCGCCGUCAGCACCGACUACUGGCUGUACCUGGAGGAGGGCGUGGUCCUGCCCCAGAACCAGAGCACGGAGAUCAGGAUGUCCCUGCACUCGGGCCUGUGGCGUGUCUGCUUCCUGGCAGGUGAGGAGCGUGGACGCUGCUUCACCAUAGAAUAUGUGAUGCCUAUGAACACCCAGCUGACGUCUGAGUCCACGGUCAAUGUUCUAAAAAUGAUUCGCUCGGCCACACCGUUUCCUCUGGUCAGUCUCUUCUUCAUGUUCAUUGGGUUUAUCCUGAGCAACAUCGGACACAUCCGUCCCCACAGGACAAUACUGGCUUUUGUCUCUGGCAUCUUUUUCAUCCUCUCAGGCCUCUCUCUCGUGGUGGGCCUGGUGCUCUACAUCUCCAGCAUCAACGAUGAGAUGCUCAACAGGACCAAGGACGCAGAGACCUAUUUCAGCUACAAGUACGGGUGGUCGUUUGCCUUCGCCGCCAUCUCCUUCCUUUUAACAGAGAGUGCGGGGGUGAUGUCCGUGUACCUGUUCAUGAAGAGGUACACCGCCGAGGACAUGUACAGGCCUCACCCCGGCUUCUACCGCCCGCGUCUGAGCAACUGCUCCGAUUACUCGGGCCAGUUCCUCCACCCAGACGCCUGGGUCCGGGGCCGCAGCCCCUCCGACAUCUCCAGCGAUGCCUCCCUGCAGAUGAACAGCAACUACCCAGCCUUGCUAAAGUGCCCUGACUAUGACCAGAUGUCAUCUUCCCCCUGCUGAGCCUCACUGCCUGCCUCCUGGGACUGUGGACAGCCAGCCAGCUUCUCCCAAGCUCCCCUGCUGGCCUGUGAGCCCCAGGCCUGUGGUUGACAGGCCGGCCUCCCCCAAGCUUAGCUGUUGUCACUUGACCCAUGUUGCUUCCCUGCUCCCCGCUUUCCCUCCCCCAGUAUCUCUAACUGCCCCACGGUGGUGUCAGGAGUCUGGAGCCAGUGGGCCGGCAGAUUGGCUGAGGGCAUGGGUGCAGCACCCCCCGCUUUGAGUGCCAGUCACUCCAGCCACUCCCCACUUUCCUGGAGCAGGGGGGCGUCGCAGCUGUGUAUUGGCCCCUGCACACCCAACAUCAUGGCUCACGCCAAGGCCAGCUCUGAGAUGCCAAGCUCCUUACACAUACCCAGCGGGACCUGUGUACUUGCCAACCUUGACAGCCUGGCCUUGACUUUCCUGAUCUGGACCGCAGACUAAAAGGGGACUCUGGUACAGAGGUCUGGCUGGUUCAGAGUUGUCCAGCACUCUUCCUGGUGAAAUCUUUCACUCUUUUUGACACCCACAUCCCUCCAUGCAACACACACCUGCCCGUGCUCUCCUCCUCCCCCUCAGCCCUUCAGACUGUGAGUCUCUCUCCUUCACCAGAACUCAGCCGCCUGGCCUUGG